AUGAGGUUCGAAAACUGGGACGUCUUGCUCUUCCCAGAGGGGUCAAAGGUGCCUCGACAGGAGUUUAAGACCAAUUGCUUCGUUACCAGGGACCAUGAAUCACCAUACCUCCAAGCCCAAGCGGUUCUUAACCCCGGACCAUACUACAACCAAAAUAGUGUUCAGGGAAACCCUGGCCAGUUGCCAGUGUUGACUUGUUUUGUACCUAGUUUGCCCCAAAACACUCCCUUUAGGGUAUCUGUCCAUAGCUGGGACAGGCCUCGUCCAACCAGGGUUAUGGAAGGGCUGAUGCAGCCGGACGACUCAGUUAUGUUUGAAGUUAGGAUAUUUAUCGAUGGUAUUUGUGCUUCGGCAAGUUUGUUCACUCAGCGGACUCUUUGGCCUCAUGUCAUUGAACUCGACCGGAAUGGAAACCAAGACAGCCUACGGUUUCCAAUGUUCCAUGAAGAGCUACUCCAUCAAGCACACUGGGAUGCUGGUGAUAUGUAUGGUAGAAUCCGUGUUGUAAUAGCAGAGGGGUUUACUCGGCCACUUCGCACUCCACCCUUUGAGCGGCAUGCUCCCCUUGAGGCGUCUGGCAUUGCCUGGCCAAAUCCAGGGAUGUGGCAACAGCAACCAGUGCAUGGCUCUCGACAUUUCCUCAAACACACCGUUGGGCCUCUUUACAGUUCUGAAAAGGACGAAGAUGCACAUUCCCACUCACCAACACGUCAUGACUUUCGGCAGCUCAACAGCCAGAAUGUUCAGUUUGGGGUUGGGUUCCCUGCCAUGCCAUAUCGACUGCAGCCCAACCCGAUUCCGCCGCAGUAUGGCAACCCUUGGCUAGACCGGGAUGGGCCUUGGGCCGCGCCGCCGCCGCCCCAGGUUUCAGAUCCGUUUGUUGACCCUUCAAAGAAUGCUUGGCCACCAUGGCCCAUAAGGCGCCGCCAUUCUACUCUGGACGAUAUUUCGAUGCCAGAUUACAUUGCGUCGAGCUCUUCAAGCAGCCGUGUGAUCUCUAACACGGCAGGUUUGAACUUUUCUCGUAACAAGGAGCCCGUACAAAUCGCUCUAAUGGAUGAUGAACAGUAUAACCAACUGAUUGAAGCCAUGAGUCCAAGGAAGGUCGCAGGAGGCACCAGUCCCCCUACGAAUACCCCAGUAACAGCGCCAACCGCUGUUACAGUGCCUUCAGAAACACAAGACGUACCAUCUGUCGCCGCUUCUACCAAGAACCGGCACAGUGCUCUCAGGGAGCUUUCGCGGCCUGGAGAUGGUGUGAGAGCAAGAUCUGGUUCCAGCCUUAGGUCAAGGAACUCGUUAAAUGAAGCCCCACAACAGCUUCAGACAGCUCUCCUCAGCCCCAGUCUUAAUAUUAGGGGCCGGAAGGAAGGAAGUUUAAGUGUCUACGAAGACGAUAAAGAAAACAGUAGCGGUGAUGCCUCCCCUGCUCACAGUUCGCGAAAGGCGUCCCUGACCAUAGAGGCCGCAGUCACGUCGGCGGAGAGCAAGAGAAAAAGGUCAGUAAGCUCGACUCAUUCACGAGGAGCAGCCGAGGCUGGGUCUCCCUGUUCCUCAUCGAAGAAGAUAUCUCGCCGUAAACGGGAUGAGCAGUUGCAGGCGGAGUUUGACGAUUUCUUGUCGACAGCCAAAACAGAUGCCCUUCUCUCUGAGGCUGAGCUUGAGUAG